AUGGAGGUGCCAGCUCCCAUCAAACAACUAUUUGACCAAUUCCCCCUAGUUUCCUAUGGCCCAGUAGCUAAAAAUGAUAACUCAUUGAAAAAUGAACUACAACAGAGAACCUAUCCAUUCGAAGGUAACAACGCCAUCAAAUCCAGCCCGAACGAUGUUUUGAAACUCUGUGUUUAUAAUGUCAUAACGCAUGAAGAAACUAAAAGCAUCCUGGCAUCGGAUCCCUGGUGCCUGUUUAUACAACUUGCAAUUUGCCAGAAGAACUCUGUACGCCUUUGCAAAGCAGCCCCCAAUAAUGACCUACUAAUACCGAACAGUUCUGUGCAACAAAACGACAGUUCAUAUCCGCUGAAGCACUGCAUGCUAGUGGUUUCCCAUCAUGCCGCGACCAGUUCCCACCUCCCAAUGCUGAUAGAGGGAUACCAGAAGCGGUACAUCAGGCAAACACAUGCCAUUAGCGAAAUCAUGGACUCCAAAAUCGCCGACAACCCCAUCGAAAUCAUGUAUAUGACUCUUUUAGACACCGUAAUCAGCGAUGCCUACGUCUCCCAACUGCUAUUCGAAACCCCGGACCAUACACUCCUACGCCUGUACGCUCGCAACCCACCUACUUCAAUAUCCCUACUACAAUCAUCCCAGCUACACAAUCUGAAGACUUUGCUCCGCACCAGAAACAACUUCCACCUACGCCAUAUUGCCUUGGCCAACUAUAUAAAACCUCACCACCACCUCUCCCCCCCCUCCAACCAUUCCAACAAAGACCCCCUCCUCCACCACCUACUACAAAAGUCAGAAACCGUGUUGCUACAGUUCCAGGAACUUGUGCAACACCACAACCUUUUUAGCGAAUCCGACCCUCUCAUCUCCAAAAACUCGGACUCACAUCACAUCCGUCCCGCAUAUCUCGACCUAAAGCUAGCAAGCUACAUUCUUGCCAUACAACAACUAAGCGGCUCGUCUUUACAGCUCUUCAUCGCCAAGAAUUGCAAGCAGCUAAUAAGGCACUCCACAAGAGUACUCUCUCUUUACACGUAG